AUGGUUGCAGACGCAUCCCAGCAGGGCCAAUCCAACGGCGCUGCUUUCAACCAACAGCAGCAGUACCAGCAGCAACAGCAGCGACAGCUUUUCGGUGGAGAAGAAGAGUUUGGUGAUGAGGAGGAGCUAGGUGACGAUGUGGAUCUGGUUGUAGGCGACUACUCUGCUGCGUUUGCCGGUGAGGCUGGCGCUGAGGUCGACGAGGCUCAGGCCGCUGCGCUGGCUGCCGCGCACGCCCAAGCUCAGCAGCAAGCGCAAGCUGCUGCUCUCGCCGCUGUUCCCGACCAGAUCCGCAAGUACGUUGUCCUUUUCAACCAGGCGGUGCAAAUCAACAACGUACAGGACAUUAGCAAUGCUUAUGAAGGAACGUGGAACCGACUCACCGACAAGUUCUACGCGCGAUCCGAGUGGCCUGAAGCCGAGACCAUCGCUCCGCUUGUCAACGACGAUCAGAAGUUCCUGACUCUGUACCGAGAGCUUUGGUACCGUCACGUUUACUCUCGUCUCAGCCCGGACGGUGAGGAUCGCUUCCAUUCGUACGACAACUACUGCGACUUUUUCAACUUUGUUCUCAACAGCGAUGGACCCGUCCAGCUCGAGCUGCCUGCGCAGUGGCUGUGGGAUAUCAUUGACGAGUUCAUCUACCAGUUCCAGAGCUUCUCGCAGUGGAGGAACAAAGUGUCGAACAAGAGCGAAGACGAGAUUGCGCUGCUGCAGGACGGAGGUGUGUGGAGCAGCUACUCGGUUCUCAACGUGCUGUACUCACUCAUCCAGAAGUCGCGCAUCACUGAGCAGCUGGUGGCGGCUAGCAAGGGCGAGGAUCCGGACGAGGUAGCUGGCGAGUUUGGCUCCAAGCCUCUGUACCGCAUGCUCGGAUACUUUUCUAUCAUCGGUCUGCUUCGCGUGCACGUUUUGCUUGGCGACUACACGCUCGCGCUCAAGAUGCUCGACCACAUCGAACUCAACAAAAAGUCGGGCCUGAUCAACCGCGUAACUGCGUGCCACGUUACCGCGUACUACUAUGUCGGUUUCGCCUACCUCAUGCUGCGUCGCUACCCUGACUGCAUCAAGAGCUUCACGCACAUCCUGGUUUUCAUCAUGCGUCUGCGUCAGUACCACACGCGAUCGUACCAGUACGACCAGAUCAACAAGACCGCCGAUCGCAUGUACGCGCUCUUGUCCAUGGCGUGUGCGCUCUGUCCGACGCGCUUGGACGAGAACAUCCAGACGCAGAUGCGCGACAAGUACGGUGACCAAUUCAGCAAGAUGACGCGUCCCGGAGCUGAGGGGUUGGCGGCGUUCGAGGAGCUGUUCAUCUAUGCGUGUCCCAAGUUCAUCACGGCUAAUUCGCCGGCGUACCACGACGAGGAGGCGCUCGUCGAGUACAAGCAAAAAGCGGUCUUCCCGGACCCCACGCAGCACCAGUUGCGCGUCUUCCUUUCCGACGUCAAGACGCAGCUUUCCAACGCCAACGUUCGAUCGUUCCUGCGUCUGUACACGACGCUCGGAACGGACAAGUUGGCUUCAUUCCUCGAAAUCGACGAGGAGGAACUCGUCGAGAUGAUGAUGGUCAUGAAAAACUCGACGCGAUCGCUCAAGUGGAGCAGUGGUUCGCUUCUGCACGGCCAAGUGGUGAAUACGAGCGAUUUGGACUUUGUCAUCGAUACCGAUAUGGUUCAUAUUGCCGAGUCCAGGGUGGGUAGGAGGUAUGGCGAUUGGUUCUUGAGGAACGGUACUAGGAUGCAUGAUGUAUUGAACAACAUUCAGGCCAAGCCGUUGCCGAUUGUGAGCAAGCAGGUGCAGGAUGAGGCUGCGGCGGCGGCUGCCGAGGCAAAGGAUGCAAAGGAUAAGAAAGUCAAGAAUGCUUGGGCUGCUGGAGUCAAGGCUGGUCCACCCGCUUUCUCGCAAAGAUCCGGCGGUGCCGGUAGGUCAUCCGUCAACAAGUCGGCUCCCGCACCAGCCGGCGCUUGGGGUAGCAGCAAGCCUCAACCCUCUGUGACCGCCUAA